CCACCGAAAGAAAAAAAAAAAAAAGAGGAAAAAAGGAGGAUCGAAAUAAUAAAAUUUAUCUGCAGCGAGCAGGGAGAAUUAAGCAAAUCUUUGAUUUACGGUGAAAUUCUAACGGGCCGUUUGGAUUCGGAGUUAAAGUCAACGAAAUUUUAACUUUGAUUUUAACUGAGGAAGAAGACAAAAGUUUUAUUACCGUUGUGGGCCCCUUCAUCUGAUCGAAAUUGACUUUCAGUGUUCUUGGCAAAAGACAGAGGACCGGCCCCCCCACCCCUUCGCAACCGUCUUCUUCCCCUGCGACACAACGCCGGCCCCCCCAUCCUUCUUCCUCCUCUGCUGGACAUCUCAAGGUUAAUAACACCUAAUCUCUUCUACCGUGCUUGUCGUCUGCGAGAAAGAGUAGCCCCUACACCUACCUCUGCCAAGAAUCGUGUCGGCAGUGCAUCUUGCGCUUCUUACGAACAAAGCUGGUCCCCUACCAGAGGAAGUUCUCUUCUUAAGAAGUGGCUGAGCUCACUUCCAACACCCACAUCGACAUUAUAGCAUUUAGAAAGAGAUGGUCCCCAAGGGUGAUGGAAUACUUGAGUGGACAGAUGCAUUGGAGAGUGCUUUCAUUGACGUGUUGCUCGAGAAGUUCACAAGGACGCAUACUACAUCUUGGAAAGGAAAGGAUUGGCAACAAAUGAAUGAGGAGAUGGAAGAGUAAUUUCCAGGCACCACUCUCGGCAUCAAGAAGUUGCAGCAGAAGCUUCGCAGGCUGCGGACCCAAUACAUGCAGUUUACUGAGCUUGUUUCGCACACUGGUGUCGGUUGGGAUGAGACAACCAACACGGUGAAGGCGAGUGCUCAUGUGUUGGACAAAUUUAUUAAGAAGAACAGUGGGUACAAGAGUUUCCAAGCAAAAGGCUUCAAGCAUUACAACUCAUUAAAUGAGUUGUUCAGAUCUAAGACAGCAACAGGUGCGUUACGAAUUUCGUCUGCAGAACCACCAAAGAGCCCAGAAACUUAUGCACGCAUGGAAGAAGACUUCCUAGCAGCAGCGGCAAAUCGGGGAAAAGAACCAGUUAAUCUUGAAGAGGGCUCCGGCGAUAGUGAUGACCCGGUCCAUGAGGUUACCGAACCUGUUGUUAUAGCGUCCCGUCGGCAAGUGCGUAGAAGAAGUUGCAACGCUGACUCCCGAUUGCAAGAGUGCCUCGACAUGUUGAAGUGCAAUAUGAGCAGGAGGGAGAAGGAGAGAAUUUGUACCCCUCCGACAUCGAAGAGAAGUAAAUCUGUGACGAGCCCUCCGAAACCAGCUUCGGGUUCUAUCGAGGAGUCGAUGGCUGUACUGAAUGUUUUGCGUCCACAACUGUCCAUUGAAGAGUACCUCGUGGCCAGUGAUUGUCUAGCAAAGGAUGAGCAGACAAGGCGUAUAUUCAUGUGCUUGCUCGAUGAUACAAGGCUUCCAUGGGUUCGUCGGCUUGUUGCCCCUUGAGUGGGCAUGAUGCAUCCUCAACUCUAUCGUAAUUUCGUAUCGUUUAAAUGCAAUGACAUUAAAUAAACACUUCCCUUUUAUAUUUGUUGUGUGUGCAAGUACGUUGCUUUGAUUGUUUGCCUUGGUUAUAUGUGAAUGCUGUGCUAUUUGUCUA